AUGGCACCAAUUGCAUAUGUUCUAAAGCAAUUGCCAUAUGAGCUUAACUCAACCCUUUACCUUUCAAUUCUAGUUGGCACCAUUAGCAUCCUUCUUGUGCUUAAUCUCAUCAUCACAAGAAAAAGAAACAAAUCCAUUAAUCUUCCACCAUCACCACCAAAGCUACCUUUCAUUGGAAACCUUCACCAAUUAGGAACAUUGACACACCGUUCUUUCAAAGAACUCUCCAACAAGCAUGGCCCUCUCAUGUUCCUUCAGCUAGGGCAAAUCCCAACACUAGUGAUUUCGUCGGCAAAAGUAGCCAAAAAAAUCGUCAAAAAUCAAGAUAUUAUUUUUUCAAACCGUCCCCAGACUACAGCCGCAAAUAUCUUUUUUUAUGGUUGCAAAGAUCUAGGGUUUAUACCCUACGGCGAAGAGUGGAGACAGAAAAGAAAAGUUUGUGUUCUUGAACUUCUAAGUCUCAAAAGGGUUAAAUCUUUUCUCCCAAUAAGAGAACAAGAAGUUGUAGAACUCGUUGAUACUAUUAGUAAAGCAUGUUCAAGAGACGAAUCGCCGUCAUCUUUUGUGAUUAAUCUUAGUGAGUUGAUGAUUGCUACAUCAAACAACAUUGUUUCAAGAUGUGUUCUUGGACAAAAGUAUGAUACCCCAGAUGGGAGUGGACAUGGAAGCUUUGGAGAGCUUGGGAGGAAGGUGAUGGGGCAACUCACUCAAUUUUGUGUUGGUGAUUUCUUUCCUACAUUGGGUUGGAUUGAUGUUGUUAGAGGCUUGAUUUCUGAAUUUAAUGCUACCUUUGUAGAAUUAGAUUCUUUCUUGAAUGGGGUAAUUGAAGAGCAUAAGAAAAAUAAGAAGAAUGAUGGUGAGGAUGAUAAUAAAGACUUUGUGGAUAUACUUCUUCAUCUUCAAGAGAAGGAUUUGCUUGAAUUUGAACUCACUCUAGAAGAUCUCAAAGCAAUGCUAAUGGACAUGUUUGUUGGAGGGAGUGAUACUACUUCAACAAAUUUAGAAUGGAUUUUUACUGAGCUCCUUAGGAACCCAAAUACCAUGAAGAAAGUUCAAGAAGAGAUAAGGAGAAUUGUUGGUAACAAAUCAAAGGUAGAUGAAAAUGAUAUAAAUCAAAUGAACUAUUUGAAAUGUGUGAUCAAAGAAGGUCUUAGGUUACAUCCACCUGUUCCUAUCUUAGUUCCUAGACAAACAACAUCAAAUGCAAAAGUAAAAGGUUAUGAUAUUCCUUCAAAAACAACUGUAUAUUAUAAUGUUUGGGCAAUUCAUAGGGACCCUCAAUUAUGGGAGAAUCCUGAAGAGUUCAUUCCUGAAAGAUUUGAAAAUAUACAAAAUGAUUAUAAAGGACAAGAUUUCCAAUUAUUGCCAUUUGGUACCGGAAGAAGGGUUUGUCCUGGAAUUUCAUUUGGAAUUUCUUCCACUGAAAUUAUUCUUGCUAAUCUUUUAUAUUGGUUUGAUUGGAAGCUACCUACUAAUGAAAAUGGUGAACUAAUGCAAGACAUAGACAUGAGUGAAAUGUCUGGGAUCACUGUUAGCAAGAAAGUGCCACUUCAUCUUCAUCCCAUACCAUAUUCUAUUUGA